CUUUAAAUUUGCGCGUAGUUGCCCGAGUCCUGUUUGCAGGCAGAGGGGCUGGAGGGAAGGACUCUGCGAUCGGGUCCUUCCUAGGUCCAUUUGAGAGUGAGGUUUUCUGCAACAAGGACGUUUCUCCACCAGCGGAAGUUCCUGCGUCAGUGCAAUUGUGAUCAGCCUCAGAGCGCGACUGCCAAGAGCAUGUUUUUCAGACUUUCGCUCCAGGUGUAAGGUGAAUUCACCAAAAUGGCAUCAAUACAUCAGAGACAAAACGAGGAUCUCAAUCGUUGUCACUUGCGGAGGAUCGGAUGCAAACCCACGGUCGCUGGUGUUGCUGAUCUUAUUCACUUUUAUAAGGACGUUACACUGUUUGGCAGAAACAAAGAUGUCGUGGACUACUACAUUAGCUCUCCAGGUGAAACAAAAGACUGCAUAUCGCGACAUCAUGCCAGAGUGAUUCGAACCGCUGAUACUUACGAGCUCGUGGAUUCCAGCCUGACAGGCGUUUAUGUUAAUGACAUCAAAAUUGGUGGUAAAGUUAUCUUGCAGAAAGGUGAUACUGUUAUAUUUGGGCAUCCCACAGAAAGAUAUGUAAAGCCUGGAACACAAGUUCGUCAGCCAAACUCACAGCUCUGCUUUCUGUUUGAACACUGUUGCUGCAGGAUUGACCAGUGGCAAAAUGCCUGUGAUGAGAUGAGGAAUUUCAUACCACAGAUUCCAUUACUCCCGUUAACAUCUCCAGAGGUUCCUCAAUUCAGCUCAAACUUGGUGUUUGAGAAAAGCGUUAGUCUUCCUGCUCAACCCCCAUCAACACAGACACCCCGAGAUACUCCACGUAAUGUUGGAGCUCUGUCUGAGUCUAGUAUGUGUUCUGGAGGGAGAGAGGCUUCCACGGUCACCGUGUCCUUGCCAUUUAGUUCUGUGGGAUCAAUAAAAUUUUCAGCUAAGUCCUCUGUCUCUACAAAUUUUACUACUGUGACUUCAGCCAGAUUUGAAAAGCAAGGAACCUGUAAAUCAACUGCAAUAUCAGAUACUACCCUGAAAGGUUGCACUACAUUGGAGCCUCUGCUUUUACGCUCUGCUUCACCCGAAUAUGAGGUAAUGAGCAGGAAUUCAGCAGUGACUGCGGAGUCUGUUCAACAGGCAGCCUUUUUGCCUCAGGAAAAUGUCUCAAGCAAAACAAAACUGAUAAAUCCUGACUUGCUACCUAUGGAACAAAGUGAAGGCCAGACCUAUGCAUCAAGAUCCAUCCCAGAAUCUUACAAACUAUUUCUGGAAGAAAAACGGGACAGUGAAGGAGUAGAAAUGGAACCUUAUUCAGCAGCUUCUCCUAAUGAGGAACCUGUGAUACCCAGGGAUAUUGUGAGGGCAGACGAUUGUCACCCGUGUAGCAGAGAGCUAGUUAGUCUUUCAGUUGGCAUGUUAGCUCUUUCAGACUCAUCUCAGCCGGGAUGUCAAGGCCAACGUGUUCCUCGGUUGUUAGAACCUGUAGCUGACAAGUCAGUGCUUCAGAGUUGUGAAGGGUCUGACAGUGAGUUAGUGGUGAUGGAGACUGAUGUUGAUGAAUGCACAGAUGAAAUGGUUAGAUAUGAAACUGCUGAGACUUCAGGACUUGGCACUCAGGUUAUGAAUCUACUUGAGGCCACAAAAGAAGAUACGAAUAAUGUGCCAUUAGUCAGUAGUUACAAGGAGAAGACAACAGAAAAGGAAAGUCCUGUGGAGCACCACAGAGAGACCUCUGAGGAACGGCAUAAACCUGAUGUUUGUGCACGUGAUGCUUCAUGUGAGACUACAUUUUUUACUGAAAUAGAAAUGUAUGAAUAUUAUCCAAAGAAAAAAAAAUGUUCUUCUGUUAACAGCUCAACAGAAUCAGUCACUGACAUAAAAAAUAAUUCAGAAAAUGGUGACCCUAUUAAAAGAACAAGGGGUCUUGAAGGUCAGCAUGCCACUGUAAAACAAAUAGAGAAUCAAAAAAACCCAGUGCGUUCUGGUAUUAAAACUGCAGCAGCAGAAGAGGAGUUGCUGUCUGAAACCACUGAGGCUCUAAGCAUUAGAGUGCAGGACACGAGUGUACAGCUGGAGCCAGAAAUGAAGCUUUUGUACUCUGAGACCAAAAGUGACCUUACGUCAACUUUAAAAGAAAAGAGCAUUAGUCCAAAUGAGAUGGAAAAACAAGUUAGUUGUAAUAUUGUAGAAAGUGACACUUAUCCCUUAGCAGAGAGAGAAUUGGGCUUAGGAAUGAUAAAUAGUAGCCCAAAUAUAAAAACGCAGCAGCCUGGAACUACUUCAGAUCCUUGUGAAUCAGCUGAAGCUAACCAUGAUAAAAUCAUUAUGGUAGUGAACACGGGUUGUGGUGAAGAAACAUGCAAUAAUCGUGUUUUUGAUUUACAAAAUGCCUUCCAUCAGAACCUCCUGUUUGCAGACACUGAAGGAAUUAAGCCAGUAAAUCAGGACUGUUCUCAUGCACAAAAUACUCCUGCAAAGUAUGCAGCGAAAGCAGUAUCUCUCUACGAGAGCCAAAUGGUUCCUGUCAAAUCCACGGUUGAUGAUGCUGAUGCUCUGUUAUUGCAAAGUUGCGCUGCUGGAAACGUAGAUACUGGUGCCAGUCAGAUGGUGAUCUCCGAUGGUGAAACUCGGGCUGUGAUCAGUUCAGAAGAUGAAGAAAUAGCAGUGGAUUCUCAUGUUGCAGAAGACAGACUUGUAGUAAAAAGUACCGUAGAUGCUACAGUACCAGAUACCCAUCUUUCUUCGCAAUGUAUCAGUGACAGUGUUGUACAUUUGUCUUCUGCAAACCAAGUCUCCUCUGGAGGUGUAGUAUGUGAUUCACUCUAUAAGCAUGUGUCAUGUUUUGGAUGUUUGCACUCUGAAAACCCAUCCGGACAUCCAGUCCUGAAGGAAGGAGGGCCAUAUCACUCAGGAGCACUUGUCAGGCCCUCAAGGGGAGUGAACGCCACAGCUCAGGAGCAGCAGGGCAGAGUGGUUUCUCAAGUGGGUGUCAGUGGAGAGGAAGGUGGUGACGUUGUCAGGACUUCAGUGGGUGAGACUGAGAACCACGGAGCUCCUGCACAACCUGAGUCUCUAAGGGGAUGCAACGCCUGCGACACGCUACGCUGCUGCCAGGCAGCUGUUUCUGUGCCUGCUGCUCCAAAUGCCUCCGUUUGCACUGAGUCUGAAUGUGUUCAGUCUCGCUCUGCUCAUCUGAUUUCACCUUUAUCUAAAGGGGAGAUGCCAAGGGAGGCUGGCAGUGAUUUUAAUAAAACAAAACACUUACAAGUGGGUGCUUCUCAAGAAGAAAUGGAAGAAACAAAUGUCAUUAUUUUGGCAUGGGAUGGUGAGGGGAAAUGUGAGGAUAAAGAUAACAGUGAAGCUGGGAUGGAAGUGGAUAUAUCUCCUGUUGUGGAUGACAUUGAAGUAUCUCAUACAGAAGUGGGAACUGAAACUAGAUUCAUAAAGAAGAGGAAAACCAAUUCAGUAUCUGCAAAACUUUUAGAAGAUGGGAACAAAGAUAGAUCAACAAAGCAUAAUUAUUAUGAGGAAGAUGAAACUAAUGUGCCUAUGGACACAAACAUGCCUUCAAGUAGAACUGUAGAUGUGCAUGUUGAAACCAUUCAUGAUGGUGCAAAUGACAGUGCCUUGAAAGAGUUCUCUGAAGAGAUGGAGAUGAGCCCUGCAGGCUCUGCACAAACAGCAGAGAAAGAGCUGUUUUCAGGGUUAGAAACAUGUGAGAGAGAGACAAUCUCUGUAGCCUUGUGCUCUCCUAUUAAAGGAAUAUUUUUGGAAAAUCCAGGAGAGAAAUUGCUAGCAGUUACUAAUUCAGAUUCAUCUCUGAAUUUAGGUGGUGAAAUUCCUAAUGAUCUUCAGCUGCAGGAUAAUGGCUGCAUAGAGGAAAAGGAGGGGUCUUUGAAAGAAAAUCAGUCACUUUUAUAUACUGCUGAAAAAGAAAACACGGACACCAACCAAAGUCUGAAAGCAUUUGAAAUCUCUGUGGUCUGUUCUGUGGAUUCCACAUUUGAUAAUGGCAGUGAUCGAAGGCUGAACGCUGCUGAUGGCCAGGAACAGAGGGCAGCUUGCUCAUCAGAGGAUGAUGUGCUGUCAGAAGAAAAACACGAUGAUCUCUCAGGCAGUAUUGAGAGGAAAUCUUAUCAAGAGACAAAGGAAGAUGUUGAAAGCAAAAAUACCACAAGAAUGACAGGAGAAAGAAGGGCUUCAAGACCAACUAUAAAUGAUAGUAUGUCAGAGCAACAGAAUGACCAAGAAAAUGAAGACUUAGCUAGGGACUGGGGAAAUGCAGCUGUUCAACAGGCACUUCGCAAUUUUGGCAGUACUACAGCUGCACUUGCAGAGAGGCCAGAGCAGAUUACAGACUGCUGCUCCUCUGACUUGGUUUCCUUUCCCUCCAGCCUUGUGCCCGUAGGCUCACCCAGAUGGUGUGAGGGUGACGGUUGUUCCUCUUUGCACACAGAGCCCUCUCGCCCUGUGGACGAAAGGGGAGUAGGAAGUGGUCUGCAGCAUGCACAUGCCUGCUCCUUGGUCCAGCUCUGCUCUGAGAGUGAAGAAGGAGAUGGUGGUGAAGAAGGAUCUGAACCAGCACAUCAUGAACAGUGUGAUAAAUCGGUAGUGGAAAAGGGAAGUGAGGAACCUGCAGAUUUUAGUGAGCCUGAUGAGAGGAAACAGAGUAGUUCCCAGGAUUGUGACUGGAAGUCUCCUGUUAGCUCUGUCUGCUCAGAAUUACAGGAGCAAUCAGUUGAGCUUGAAGACCAGCAGGAAUCUGAUUCUUGUGCCAUUGAACCUCCAAAUUUGGGAAGAAAUGUGGAUUUGAAAUCCAAAGAAGACUGUACGAAACCAUCUCUUUAUCCAGAAGGCAGUGGUGUGGAAGAUGCUGUUUUGGAUGAGGUAGACAGAGAAAAUAUGAACGGUGAAGGUUUGACAACAACUAAUUGGGAAGGAAGUAAUGGUAGUGCUAUUUGCCAGGAUGGUUGUGGAAUCAAACCACAAGCUCCUCAAAUAGGUGUAAAGCCAUGUAGCAUGGGCCAAGAGGAUUUUUCAGCAGGGAUGUGCAAUACUGUAAUUGAAAAGUUUGAAUCUUCUAGAGAAAAUAGAACUGAAGAUCUGAAGGAAAUCGAAAGGGACCCUACUGAUGUGGCCGAGUUCUGCAGUAGACGGGAGUCUCAUUUAUGCAUUCAAGACUUGGAAGCUGAAAAAGGAGAAAAUAAUGGUAUAAGAGCAAAGAUGUUCCCAGUGAACUGCAUUUCAGAGACUGACGUCUGGAAGGAAGGGGAUAUUGUCACCCGGGAUGCAGACGGUGGUUCUGGCAGCGUUGUUUUGUGUAGUGAGCUGCACUGUAACAGAACGGAAAGCGAACCUGACAAAGUGACAGAAACUGCUGCUAUCAGAUCAACUGCAAGAAUAGAAAAGUCAGUGGAUGUGUGUCUGGAGCAAGUGAGUUGUCCUCAUUUUGGUACAGAACGUGAUCUCGCUGAAGUUAAAAUGACUGCAUCUGACUGUCAUAGCACAGGUAUUGCAGCAGAUGAGAAAAUCAUGCUUUUAGUAAAAGACACACCUCUGGGAGGAGAAAAGGAGACCCCAACAACUGAAGAAUGUGAGAGCGUGAGUUUAUACCGUGCUUUUAAUUCCGUGGGAUUUCCCGGUGUGCCGGAGGAGGUGGAAGCUGCGAGCUGCGAAGCUUGUUCCAGUGAACUGGAAGGAAACACUGAUUCUAACCCUUUCCAAACUGGAAAAGAAUUAGAGGAGGGUCGACAGGCUGAGAUUGUUCUGCUUGGUGACCAUGUUCAAGAACAAGACAGUGAGGUUCCUACUGUUCCCUCUGAAGUCAUGAGAACUGUUAAAGAUUCUCCAGUCAGUGAAAUAAAGACUGAGCUCUGUCCAGAAAAAAAUGAGUCUGACUGGGAAACACAAAUAGGUAAGCCAUUACUUCUGCAGGAAGAGAGCCAAGAAACGGAACCCAUGAAAGCUCAAACAAAGAUAUGCCAGCCUGAAAGCAGCCGUGAAGAGCUGAGUAUUUUGGAGUCUCGCUUUGCAAACAGAAUGGAUUGUUGUGAAGAGGAGGAUACAAAUGCUCAAAAUAAAGAGUCAAAGAGAGAGAGCUCUUCCAGGAAAUUAAAAAGACAAGUCACUGGAAAUGAAUGUUUUGGGGCAUCAGAUUCUGAAGAUGAACAGUUUUCUCAGAAGAGACAUUGCCCUCUGGGAUCCCUGUCAGUGCCGGAGUCUGUGUGUGCCCUGCCAGGUGUGACUAUAGCCAUCCCUCCUGCUACCCGUGGCUUGCAGGAGCAUCACGCCACUUCUGUUCGUGAUAUUGUUAGGCAGUUCUUCAAAAAAUAUCCCACUGCUCAAACAUUUGAGGAAACCGAGAAGGAAAACAAUCAAAGUUAUGUUGCCCAGUUAGUGAGAGAUUUUUUUAAAAAUGCAAGUGACUGUGAUAAUCUAGUUAAUGCAGAUGUAACGGAAACGUUUCUGCCACCCCGUGAGGAUGAGGUAGCAGGACACCCCAGUGGCAGUGCUGUAAGUGCGUUAGGCAUCAGUGGAAGCUUAGAAAGAAGAGACAGCUGUUCGUCUGCCCUGCCAGAGCCCGUGUCCCAGGCGGGCGGGUGUCAGUCUGCUGCGUGCGCAUCCGGGUGGACGGGUUGCUCCAGUGCCCGUCAGUUCGUGUGCACGGAGCCUGCUGCCAGCUCACCAGCUUCACCGAGUGAUGUGAUGGAAAAGGAUGCGAGUGAGGCCCCGGCCAGUCCGAGUGCUGACUCUGUGUCUGAUGAAGAGCAGUUUCAGAGUAAUCUCUGUUCAGCAUUAGAUAAUAAAUGUGCUUCUGAAUCUUCCUUGGUGUCUCCCUCUGAGUACUCCGUGCAGAGCACCAAAAGUCUGAGUUUUGUGUUCUCCGACCUCUCCAAUACCUCCACUGAGGAGAAGUUCUGCCAGACUCAUCAAGAAAUCGGUGAUGCCGCUUUGACUGACAUGAGCACUGGUGAGGUCUGUGAAAGGGCUUGUUGCGACAAUUGCGAAGCCUCUGAGACUCGAACCCUGUCAGGUUCUGCUGUUUGCUCCCCAGAAGCCACGACGGAGUGCUGGACAGAUGGAGAUGCAAAUAUGACUUCGUAUCAUGAUGUAACUUCCAGAGAAAAUGAACCAAGUAUGACAAACAUGGUACAGCAGCCAAAGCCAGAAGAUGGUGAUGAAGGCUUCAGGUACGAAACAGAUGCAUCAAUAUUGCACCCCUGUGAAAGAUCACCUCCGAGUAAUGAAAUGUCUAACAGAGAAGACUCGGUUCCUUCUCCCUCUCCUCCUCCGCCUUUCAAACAGACAGAUUCGAGACAUGGUGUCCCCCUGACGUGGGGCUCUGACUUGUGGGCGGAAGGACUGGCUGCAUCUGAUGUUACAGCAAACACUGGUUCCCAAGUAUGUUUAGAAAGAAGGCUGUCUACCAAAGAACACAGUGAUGGUAAUAGAAGAGGCAUUUUCCCUCCUUCGGAAACGUGUCUGGCCAGCACUGCGUGUCCUUCAGAACCUGAAAAUGAGGAAUUGAGCCACGAAAGAGCUAGCUCUCCCUUCUCUCCUGCACCGUGUGCGUCGUCUCAGACGAGCCCUGCUGAACAAGCCUUUCCCCAGACUCCACUCGGACCUAGAAUGAAGCAGCGUUUGCCUCUGAAGAAGAUGAAGAAUACACAUUCGUCCAUCCUUUCUUCUGCUUCCCCCAUGAGCAGCCCUUCUGCGGGUGUUGUGGAUAAUAAAGCAAAAUCUUUUCAGAGCUCUUGUCUUAGCACGCAGGAGGAUCUGUCUUCCUCUGUUCUGUCUCCUGAGAACUGUAAUUCUACUGAGGUGGCGCACAGUGUUGGAGGAGGAGGUGAUCCAUGGGAAGGCCCUUACAAAGAUGACCAGGGCAGGGAUGCUAAGGCAAGACAGCAAAAACAGGAUCAGGAAACUAGUGUCUGUGACUGCCCAGAUGGAAGAGUUACUCCCAGACCAUGCGCUCCAGUGGAAGCAGGAGACUCCUCUGAUUUGCAGACCGUUAAUGAUUUAGGUAAUCAAAAAAUCCUUGCAAGCAACUUCUGCACAUCAGGGGACAAAGACUUCCCAAGGGCGGUUUCAGACAGUCUGCCUCCUGCUCAUUUUCCUAUUUCAUCCUUCAAAGAAGAAAAUGUGCCAUAUCCUUUACAACCUCCAGCACUUCUGGAUGCAUUUAAUCCUCUCGGCAUGGACUCCAAGGAACGUCUCUUCGUUCACUCUGCUUUAGCCCCAACUUUAUAUGCCUCUGAUGCUGCAGAGGUUUCAACCUGCUCGUUAACUACUUCAUUUCAGCUGCAUACUAAAUUGGACUCAGCAGAUAUGCAAACUGAAGAUGAGAUUCUCCUUCCGAAGAAGUCUGAGGCUCUGAAGUAUAGCCCUACGACUCUGGGUUGCGUGUCGUCUCCAAAACUGGAAGAUGCCUGUGACUCCAAGGAUCCCGAUGAUCGUAUGCAAAACCUCCUGUCCGUGUCGGUAGAGAGUACAAAGGCUUAUGACCUUUCGUCUGCUUCUAGGAACUCAGGAAACCUCUCUGGAGGAGAGAGCUCCAAUCUAAAAGCAAGUUUCAGUGACAGAGCGGAGAGUGAGAGCUGGAGAGACUGGGCUCUAUCAGAGGGAGACAUUGAGUUCCAGUUGCAGCGAUGUCAGGCUGUGCUCAGAGAUAUUUCUCAGGUUCUCCAUGCUGUGGAAGGCAUCGAUGGAGAGCACAUGGAGGAAUGGAGAGAACAGAUUGACAAGUUGCAGAAAAAUGCAAAAAUGCCAAAGACAUAUAUUGCUGUGGUAGGAAACACGGGCGCAGGUAAAAGCAGCUUGUUAAAUGCCUUGCUGGGCGAGGAAGCUGUGCUGCCGACUUCUGCUAUGAGAGCCUGUACAGCUGUGGUUGUGGAGAUCUCCAAGACUGCUGAAACCAGCCCAUAUGAAGCAGAUGUAGAGUUUCUUUCUAAAGAAGAGUGGUUUAGCGAGUUGAAAGCACUCCUAGAAGAUAUGAAGGACAAGUCAGGUAACUUGAAGAAACGAUGCCCAGAUCGCAAGACAGAAGCUGGUGUUGCCUACAGCCGUGUGAAAGCUGUGUACGGGAUGGUAGCAGAGCUUUCAAAGCUGGAAGAGUUGCAGGAGGUUACUCAGCAUCUUGGAACAGUGAAACACAUAUCUGCAGUGACGGCCACAGAUUUUCGCACAAAAAUAGAGAAAUUUAUUGACUCCCGAACUGAUAACUUGCGGGACAUGAAAGGUGGAGAAUUCUGGCCAAUCGUUAAAUGUGUCAAGAUUCGUGUUCCCAAGGCUGAUGUCCUGAAGACAGGAGCAGUGCUGGUGGACUUGCCUGGAAUACGGGAUUCCAAUGCUGCCCGGGACAAUGCAGCCAAGGAGUAUCUAAAAAACUGCGAUGCCGUGUGGGUGGUGGCCAACAUCAAUAGAGCUGUGGAUGACAAGACAGCCAAAGAGAUGCUGAACAUCAACCUGCGGAGGCAGCUGCUCAUGGAUGGCCAAUACGGGCGCUUAGCUUUCGUCUGCACCAAGACUGAUGCCUUCAACAUUUCAGAAAUAAUCAGUGAUCUGGAUUUAAAAGAUGAGAUUGAGCCAAUUGAAAGGGAGUUGGAAGACCUGGAGAAUCAACGAGUGCAAAUGGAAUUAGAAAAGGAAAGUCUCUAUGCUGAACUUCAACAGGAGCAGCCAGGGCAGGGACCUCAUGCAGGAAAUUCAGCCUCAUUUCAGAAGGAAAAUGAGCUGAGGAAGAUGAUCUUGGAGAAGGAAUUCAAAAUCAAUGCCUUACUGAGAGAGAAAGAAGCAAAACUUCGCGCCAUUAGUCUGAUCUGUGUUCAGUCCCGAAACAAGUACUCCAAAGAACGAAUUUGGCUGGAUUUCAUCAAUGGCCUUCAGGAAAUGAAGAGGAAAGCAGCACUAGCUGAAUGUGAGGAAGAUGAGUAUGAAGAGGAAAUGGAGGAUGAGGAACUAAAUACUCUGUACGCAAGUGAUCUGGGCGAAGCAGGAUUCCAGCAUAAUAAACUUCAGGUUUUCACAGUCAGUUCCACAGAGUACUUGAAGCUGCAUGGGAAGCUGCUCCGAGAAGGACAGCCCCAGGUCUUUCACAACGAUGAGGAUACAGAAAUCCCAGCUCUGAAGAAGUUUGCAGUUCACGCUGCCCUGCAGCAUGGCAUGGUGGAAACGGAGAAGCUGAUAAGAGACAUGACUCGUAUCAUAAGUCAAGUUGUCAAUUAUCUGACCAACCAGAGAGCAGAGGACCACUCUCAGCGGGCCCAAGCUCAAGAGAUCAUACAGACAUGCCUCUUGCAAGUGCCUGAGCUUCUCCAGGAGGCCGUGGAUGACAGCGUCCAUGAAAUCCAGUACUGCUUCUCUGUCCUGCUGCUGUCCCACCUGAAGAGGGGAGCCAGAAAGGCAGAGGACGUGUGCGAGGAGAAAGUCAGAAGCUGGGGGCUACCUCACUGUGGCUAUCCGUACGCUACGUAUCGAGCUGUGUGUGCCCGUCAAGGCGUGUACAGCUCUGUGGCGUGUGGGUUCAUCGACUUCAAUGAGCAGCUCACGGAGCCUAUAUACAGCACCAUUUCCAUGACCUGGAAUGAGGUUUUCAGCUCUAAACUCAGUGAGUCUGUGAGACAGUUUAGCAAAGCUGUUCUGGAUAAACUGAAACAGUUCUUCAAAGAUCUCAAGAACAAACUCUAUGAGAAAGGUGGAAACACAUAUUCAGUAAAUCACAUACAGAGGCAGCAAAUGGAAGCUGCUCAGGCUUUGUUAUGUAACUUCAUUCUUGAUCAGAUAGAUUACAUCAAUAAAAGGCAGCGUGGUAUAUCUCGUGUCCUGACACCAGAAAUACAGGCUAGCAUGAAACCGGUAUACACAGUUUGUAACCAAGUGAAUGGUCCAGGUUCUUUCCAGAGAAUGAAAGACCUCAUGCAGGAUUACAUCCAUGAGCACAAGCAGAGCAUGUUCAGCACAGCCACAUACAAAUUACAGCAACAGCUUGAGUUGCUGCAGCAAUACAUCUGUGCCAGUUUUGAGUGGUUGGUGCAGAACCUGAAUAAAUCUCUGACUAGGCAAUUUGAGCCAAUACUGAAGACUGUCCAGAAAAAUGACAGCAUCGUUCCAGAUUUAGUAAGCAUCUGUGCCAAAGUUCACCAGAUUUGUAAACUCUCCUUCGUGGAUUACGUGCUUCCCAACCCUAGUCAAAUAGGUGCCUGUUCCAGAUCUGCUUCCCCUGAGAAAGAGCUGCAGGAGGGCAGGGAACCUCCAGACUUCGUGGGAAAGUGCAGUGUUGUCCGUAUUGGGACUUUGCCACUUAUUCAUGUCGCUUCCGUUCAGAUAUCUGUACAAGAAAUCACCAUCAGCUUCAGAGGGCAUGCAAGCCUGACGGUGCCAUUCAGCAGCGUGUAUCUGUGUGAAUGCUGCUUCCAUUUGUAUUAUCUGAACCUGCACGUUUCUCCUGAAGGUGCCAAGGAUAUUUACGCCAGGUUGGGAGCACGGGCUCCCAAAGCAAACCUAGGUAAUGAGGAGGUUCUUGUUGUCCUGGAGACGCCAGAGGACCCGGGGUCUUUCCGUAGGUUGAUUGAAUUCAUAUCAGAGAAACACUCUGGCACUCCCUGGUUCCGCGAGCUGAGCCUUCAGCGGGGAAGAGAGAAGCUGGAAUCUCUGCAGGUGUAUUACACGGCCGGGGAAUCAAAAUAUGGUCAUGGAGAAGAACUUCCUGAGAUUCCAGCUUCCAGUUUGCCAGAGGAUUUACCAGCGGUUGGCUCCACUGCGUGUCAGCCCCUGACUGUUGGCCCGUGGUCGCAUGCAAACAGCAGAAAGAGAGGAGGAGGAGGAGAAAUCCUGUCGCAGCCAGAGAAGAAACACAAAGGCAGUGCUGUAGAGAAGAGCCCAGAAGUGAAGCCAGCCGAGAACCUCCUGCUGAGCCAGCAAAUACCUGGCAGUCUGGAGAUCUCAGCCAAAAGCACUUUGCCAGGUGAAGCUGUGAGCGCAAGCAGAGCGUGCCUGCAAGGAUGUUACCAGUGGACCGCAGCUUCCUUUCAAGGCACAUCCUCAUCUAAGGCAGAGGUGAAACGUGAGACAGACCCCUUCCUCAUCCUGAGCUCGGCAGUCACUGCAGAUGUCUCUCAUGUCCCAGGCGAAGAGGGUGCCUGGAGAACGUGGCAGCCCCCAGAACCUCCGGGAGGCAGCAGCUCCGGUACGGAUGCAAAGGAGACGAGUGGGAAUGCACACCCCGCAAGGGGCUUCUGGGCCGCGCGGUAGUGCCUUGGGGGUAGUCCGUGUGUUUCGGUGAUCUCGUCGUGGAUGUAGCCAGACAUUUGAGCAAUAGGGAAGGCUGCGGAUGUGGAAAGCUGCAGAAAUGAUUCAGAAGCAAAUUACAUCACACAAUUUUAUGCUGAUAAAUUACCCUUCAACAACCACUUGCUGAGCCAAAUCAAGGCAUGAUCUACGCUCUGCUUCAGUUCUUGGCUUCCUGGGAGGAGUAAGUCCAAGAGAGCAAAAGAGAGCUCUGGUAGAAGGCUGCAACAUUUGCUUGAAUAAUACCUGAUAAUUCUUGCCUUUGAGAGGAAAAUUAAGCCAAAUUAUCCAAAUGCAAGAGUGAUACAGAGUUGGGAGUCUGCCUCUGUCCAGAACACAAUUCCGGAAUGCGUCCAGCAACUUCUCAACAUGGCUUUGAACAGAGGAAAGAGUGAAACAGGUUGAAGCAAAAGAAAAGGAAAGGCUCCCUAAAAGCUUUCCUUUUAGUGAAAGACUGUGAAGUCUCUUGAAACAUGUCUUUAAGUCCAGAGCCCUACAGAGUCAAUUCACCAGCUUGGGGAGGGGAAAGGGGAUAGUGUGAACUGACUAGCAACAAACAUUUGCAAUAAUUAAGAUCUCUGGCCAAAAAAGGAAGAAAAAAACACCCCAAAACCAAGGGCAAAUAGUGUCAUAACAGAAGGGUACCAAGCAAUGGUUUGGUGGAUUGCUUGGAUCCUUGUGGAUCGCAGCUGCACAGUAUUUAAAAUUCAGCGAGAAUGGAACAAAAAAGAGACUAUUUUGGAGUUUACAAGUGUUGAGUUGCACUUACUUAGGGGAUUGUUUUACUGAAUGUAGGAUUAAUUUCCUCCUUUCAACUGGCAUAGCCAAAGGUUGUGGCGAGUAAAAGGCCUGGUUUUUCUGUUGGUCCAAGCGGCCGUCCUUGAGUCUCGUCACACGAGCACUUCUUCCCUGGGCUUACACGCUUCCGUGUCCGUGAGGACGUUGUGGAGACGGGGCUUGCCUUGAAGCCUGGUUAGAUGAAAGGAGAAGCCCCAGGUGACGGAGGACUGAGGAGCGGAGUCGACGUGGCUGGUCCACGGGAAGAGCCCGUAUGGUAGAGCUGCGUUUCCAUGCCUUCGUUUACCAGUUUCAUAAAGGCAUUUGCGCUCUGCCGUCAUCUCUGAGAGCACCCGUCCUCUCCUUCCUCUAUCUGUCCUUCCCCCGUUGUGCUGCCUCGUAGUGUACAUGCUUUAAGCAUUUACGUUGUUGGUCAGGGACUUCUGGGAGUAAAGCACAUAAACUUUGGGAGCCGGGCUCGCUGGAAGCGUAUCCAGGUUGGUCAUUUCAGAAGACCGAAGUUCUUUCCUUAAGCUGCUAUCCCGUGCUAACUGCUGUUUGUUAAAUCGCCCACUUUUAUUUUUGCCUUUCCACAUUUAUAUAAUAAAAGAGCACGUUAUUCCCGA